AUGCUUCCUCUCUUCAACAAAGUGCUUCCUCUCUUCAUCAAGAUGCUUCCUCUCUUCUUCAAAGUACUUCCUCUCUUCAUCAAGAUGCUUCCUCUCUUCAACAAAGUACUUCCUCUCUUCAUCAAGUGCUUCCUCUCUUCAUCAAGAUGCUUCCUCUUCUUCAAAGUACUUCCUCUCUUCAUCAAAGAUGCUUCCUCUCUUGAUCAAGAUGCUUCCUCUCUUCAUCAAGGUGCUUCCUCUCUUCAUCAAGGUGCUUCCUCACUCCAUCAUGCAUCCAUCAUGCAGCUUCCUCUCUUCAUCAAGGUGCUUCCUCUCUUCGUCAAAGUACUUCCUCUCUUGCUCAAGAUGCAGCUUCCUCUCUUCAUCAUGCAGCUUCC